UGUUUGUUUUGUCAACAUUUUUUGUUUUGUUUACUCAAAACAUUAACGUAAAAUAAAGAUUUUUUAAUUGCAACAUUGUUACCGACACACCCAAUAAUAUACAAGGACGAGUUGAUUAAUUUUUUUUUAUAAUAAUUAUUCCAUAGAUUUACAUAAAUAAUAAUAAUUUAAUUAUUACUACACCUAUGAGGCUGUACCUGUACCAGCUGUACCUUAUUCGAAAUAUUAAUAACGUUACAUUACACUAGAAUCCAUCUUCAAUAACCAUCGGUAGUUAUUAUCCUAGUAACUUUAGCUACACGUAAGACUGAAUGGGCAGUUUCCCGAAAUUGUUGGAUUUCAACAUAAUAUUGACAUCUGUUGCGGUAGUAAAUAAGUAUUAAAUAAAAUGGCAGAAUACUCAGAGUAUCAGCAAAAUAACUUGGAUAGUAUUUUAAAUUUUAACUAUGGCAUUGACUUAUUCCCAAGAUCCAGUCAAAACCCAGUCAUUAAGAAAAAUACUCGAGAAGUAGCUUUGAUUAAAUUAAAAAGAUUACUCAGGAAUAAUGGAUUUGCUUUUCUAGCCGAAAAUAAUAAAGAAGCGUUUAUAUUAAUGUUCUUAUAUGCACGGAAAAUGAAUGAGAAUAAUGCAUUGGAUUUGAUUCAAAAUUAUUACCAAUUUAGAAAGGAACAUGAUCUAUGGUUUCGUCGAUUGGAACCUUUUGAUCCGAAAAUUCAAAUGGCUAUUCAAGAUGGUUUCCCUUCUGUACUACCAAAUUUGGAUAGACGAAGUCGUCGUGUUCUUUUUAUGGUUUGUUCCCAAUGGAACACUGAACGUUAUUGUUUACUAACUAUAUACAGAGCACUAUUAGUAUCUCUAGAACAUUUAAUCAAAGAUGUCAAUACUCAGUAUAACGGUUUUGUAUUUAUUAUUGAUUGGACCAACUUUACAGCUCGUCAAACAAUGAACAUUAGUCCAAGGCUGUUACAUGUAAUGCUACAAGGUUUACAAGAUUGUUUUCCUGCAAAAAUAAAAGCUGUUCAUUUUAUUAACCAACCGUGGUAUAUUGAUGGCUUAAUGUCCGUUGUUAAACCAUUUUUAAAAGAAAAAACAAAAAAUAGAAUAAUUUUACAUGGUUUGAAUUUAAACACACUACAUAAAUAUUUCCCAAGAGAUAUUUUGCCUUCAGAACUUGGUGGUGAACAGCCUCCAUAUGAUUCAAGGAUUUGGUUGAAGAGUCUUUUAGGGUCUUCUUUGGGAGUUGAUUUAUAAUUUUAUUUUAUGACACUAAAAUUUAACGUACAUUGAUAUUUUUAAUGAGGACAGGACUAAAUAUU